UCAUACCCAUCCCAGAUUCCCAAUGGCGAAGAUUGAGAAAAAUGCUCCCACUAUGGAAAAAAAGCCAGAAUUAUUUAACAUCCUGGAAGUAGAUGGAGUCCCUUUGGCAGUAUUAUCAAAAGAAUUGUGGGAUAAAAUCUGUAAUUUCCCAGCCAGACCUGAUGAUCUUAUCCUGGCAACUUACCCAAAGUCAGGGACACAUUGGAUGCAAGAAAUUUUAGACAUGAUUCAAAAUGAUGGUGAUGUGGAGAAAUGCAAAAGAUUCCCUUCUCUAGAUAGACACCCUUUCCUUGAACUGAAAUUUCCCCAUAAAGAAAAACCAGAUUUGGAGAUUGCUCUUGAAAUGUCCUCACCACGACUGAUAAAAACACAUCUCCCUUCACAUCUGAUUCCCCCAUCUAUCUGGAAAGAAAACUGCAAGAUUGUCUAUGUGGCCAGAAAUCCCAAGGAUUGCCUGGUGUCCUACUACCACUUUCAUAGGAUGGCUUCCUUUAUGCCUGAUCCUCAGAACUUAGAGGAAUUUUAUGAGAAAUUCAUGUCAGGAAAAGUUACUUGUGGGUCCUGGUUUGACCAUGUGAAAGGAUGGUGGGCUGCAAAAGACAGGCACCAGGUGCUCUAUCUCUUCUAUGAGGAUAUAAAAAAGAAUCCAAAACAUGAGAUCCACAAGGUGUUGGAAUUCUUGGAGAAAACUUUGUCAGAUGAUGUUAUAAACAAGAUCGUCCACCAUACUUCAUUUGAUGUAAUGAAGGAUAAUCCCAUGGCCAACCAAACUAGGAUACCAUCUCACAUAUUCAAUCACUCCAUCUCAAAAUUCAUGAGGAAAGGGAGGCCUGGAGACUGGAAGAACCAUUUUACUGUGGCUAUGAAUGAGAACUUUGAUAAGCAUUAUGAGAAGAAGAUGGCAGGGUCCACACUGAACUUCUGCCUGGAGAUCUGAGAGGAAAAAUAACAAAAUAAGAGAGAGACUAAGCCAACUAUUUUGCCUUUUAUUCUGUUGGGCAAGGAACUGUGACUGAAUGUGGAGCUUAUGAGCUUCAGUCCGUCUCAUUUAGUGUGCCUAGUCUGCUAUAAUAUUAAAACAUUGUUUAAAAUAUUAACACACCAGCUAAUUCCAGUAAAUAAAAUAAAAGAAAUAGCAGAGUCUCCCAACAUGUGUUUUUUUUUUUUAAUACAGGUAUAUUUUAUUGGGGAUGACGGAU